AUUUAUUUGAGAAAAUAUGCGUAUUUGAUUAUGUUUGAUUCGCUAUACAAGUCCCUGUGUAUGAGCUGUUACUAUAGAAAGGAGUGCAUUUAUAUAAAAUGGAUCCUUUAUGUUCCACUUUAUGGAACUGUCUUCUGACUUGUGAAUUGUGGUAUAAGGUGGUACAUUUUGAGAUGUUCGGCUGAUGUUGAAUAAAUAAACAAGUGAACCAACAUUAGGACACUUAUGAGUAACAAUAUGAACAUCGGAGCUUCUAGGUUAGCUACUAGAGGACGUGAGGGGUGUUUAAAAUUUGCAUAUCAUGCAUAUUCACAUAUCAUGUCAUACUCUAUAAGGGUAAAAGUGUAGAAAUGUUCAUGGACUUCUUUUUUCUUUACACAGUGUAUUAUUUGUGUUGUUUAAUCCUUUCGAAAUGUCAUUCUAUGGGCUAAAUUAGAUCGUGUCCGUUUGGGCGUCCCCUACAGCGCGGUCUCAGUGGUCUAAUCCAAAACGCUCUAACGGUCAAGUGGGAGUAAAACCGGGUGCGUCCCAAACCGCAUCCUAUUCAACUCAAUAGUGUGUUUACUCCAGUACACGUAGGCUAUAUGUAGUUUCAGGAAUAACGUUUUCGGUUUGGGACGCGGCCGCAAUCUCAACCCUAACGUAGGCUUGUAAAACUAAGUAGGAGAUUAAUUCGUCGUUCAAACGAAUACGUUAACAAGUGACCGUUAUUAUUAUUAUUAUUAUUGUGGUUUAAUUCAAACGACGCGCACGCGCAACGUAACUAGUGUGCGAGUGCCGCUGCGGUUCGCGCCUCCGUCGUGUCGUGCACGCGCGCACCCAGGGAGGCUGUUUAACGAGUAGAGGAAAUUAGUAACCAUGGAGACGCAGAGAGAGAGAGAGAGAGAGUGAGAGAGAGAUAAGGAAACGAGAACAGCAAGGCUAUGACACUUUCACCGUUUAAACGCUAACCGGAACUGCCGGUCACUAUAAACAAACCUAUGGACAGGUUGCCAGGUUCCUACUUUCAGUAUCGAGUUAAAGAAACCGCCUUCUGGAUGUUAUUGAUGCCAUUGAGCGACUCUUUCGAGCAAAAGGACCGAAGAUGACCGACAGGGCAGGAGGUAGUGCUGCGGGAGAGGACUCCGGAAUUAUCCGCCGCCGGAGGAUGCAGAAGGAUCUGCCAUUGCCACGGAAGAGCAGCGGCUGUCGCACCAGUAACAGGAAGAGUCUGAUCCUGACCAGUACGUCCCCGACCCUGCCACGACCCCACUCGCCUCUACCUGGACACAUAGGAAGUAGUCCACUGGACAGUCCUCGUACCUUUUCACCCAGCGGCCCCGCCCACUUCUCUUUCACCCCUUCUAGAAGGGCUGAUGGACGCCGCUGGUCUCUGGCUUCACUGCCGUCUUCUGGAUACGGCACCAACACGCCCAGCUCCACGUCGUCAAGCUCGUCUCAGGAGCGUCUGCACCAGCUGCCCUUCCAGCCCACCAUGGACGAGCUACACUUCCUGUCCAAACACUUCGGCAGCACCGAGAGCAUGACGGACGACGACGGACGCAGGUCGCCGCACGUACGGCCGCGCUCAAGGAGCCUCAGUCCGGGCCGUUCGCCCUCCUGCUACGACAACGAAAUCGUCAUGAUGAACCAUGUGUAUAAGGAGAGAUUCCCAAAGGCCACAGCUCAGAUGGAGGAGCGCUUGGCGGACUUCAUCCAGUCCUACUCUCCGGAGAGCGUGCUCCCGCUGGCCGACGGCGUCCUGAGCUUCAUCCACCACCAGAUCGCUGAGCUGUCCCGCGACUGCCUGACCAAAUCCCGCGAGGGCCUCAUCACCACCGUCUACUUCUACGAGCUGCAGGAGAACCUGGAGAAACUCCUGCACGACGCGUACGAGCGGUCCGAGAGUUCUGAGCUGACCUUCGUCACAGAGCUGGUCAAGAAACUCCUCAUCAUUAUUUCUCGACCCGCAAGACUUCUGGAGUGUUUGGAGUUUAACCCGGAAGAGUUUUAUCACCUUCUGGAGGCAGCGGAGGAUCACGCGAAAGAGGGACACCUAAUGAAGACGGACAUCCCGCGCUACAUCAUCAGCCAACUCGGUCUCACACGAGACCCGCUGGAGGAAAUGGUGACCCUGGACAGCUACGACAGCGAGGGGCCACACACACCCGAGACUGACGACUCGGCUGAGGGAAAGAUGAAGGCCAUGAAGCCGCCCUGUGAAUCAGACUUUCAGACCAUCAAGCUGAUUAGCAACGGAGCCUAUGGGGCAGUGUAUCUGGUGAGGCACAGAGAGACACGGCAGCGUUUCGCCAUGAAAAAAAUCAACAAGCAGAACCUGAUCCUGAGGAACCAGAUCCAGCAGGCAUUCGUCGAGAGGGACAUCCUGACCUUUGCCGAGAACCCGUUCGUCGUCAGCAUGUUCUGCUCCUUCGAGACUCGCAGACACCUCUGCAUGGUCAUGGAGUAUGUGGAGGGAGGAGACUGUGCCACCCUGCUGAAGAACAUUGGCGCAUUGCCAGUGGAAAUGACUCGAAUGUACUUUGCUGAGACCGUCCUGGCUCUGGAGUACAUCCACAACUACGGCAUCGUACACCGAGACCUCAAACCAGACAAUCUGUUGAUUACGUCUAUGGGACACAUUAAACUGACCGACUUCGGCCUCUCAAAGAUGGGUCUUAUGAGCCUCACUACAAACCUGUACGAGGGUCACAUCGAGAAGGACGCUCGUGAGUUCCUGGACAAACAGGUGUGUGGCACCCCGGAGUACAUCGCCCCGGAGGUGAUACUGCGGCAGGGUUACGGGAAGCCUGUGGACUGGUGGGCAAUGGGAAUCAUCCUCUACGAGUUCCUGGUAGGCUGCGUGCCUUUCUUCGGGGACACGACCGAGGAGCUGUUUGGCCAGGUGAUCUCAGACGACAUCGCCUGGCCCGAGGGAGAUGAAGCGUUGCCUAGCGACGCCCAGAACCUGAUUUCCACCUUGUUGCAGACCAACCCACUGGUGCGAUUAGGAACGGGAGGAGCGUACGAGGUGAAGCAGCACUCGUUCUUCGCCGAUCUGGACUGGAACAGUGUGCUGAGGCAGAAGGCGGAGUUCAUCCCUCACCUGGAGUCUGAGGAGGACACCAGCUACUUUGACACCCGCUCGGAGCGUUAUCAGCACAUCAACUCGUACGACGAGGACGACACGAACGACGACGAGCCCGUGGAGAUCAGACAGUUCUCCUCUUGCUCUCCACGCUUCAGCAAGGUGUACAGCAGCAUGGAGCACCUGUCUCAGCUGGAGCAGAAGACACCGGUGGUGACCCGACGAGAGCAUAAGGGACGCUGCGAGGACAAAAUGGCUAAGAGAGAGAGCCUCGGCAGCUUCAGCAAGAGCUGGAGGACCAGCUCACCAGAGAUGAAGCGUCUGUCGUGUUCUGAGUCUCUGUACACGGAGGGUGAUUCCAGUCCUCCUCUAGGCGCCAGGCGACGCUUUUCUGCACUGAUGGACACGCACCGCUUCGCCUCGCCUCUAGAGGGCGAUGGAGAGACACAGCCGCAACAAAGCGGGGCUAAAAGCAGGGGGUCAUCAGUAGAGGGCGCCGUUGCACCCUCAUCGCCCGGUGCUAGAGAACCGAGCACGUGUGUGAAGGAGGCGUCUGGAGUGAGUGCGGGAGAUAAGUCAGCUCGACCCAGUCAGGUAUCGGCGCCACAACCCAUUCCUUCAGCGACAGCAGCAGCAGUACCGGUUUUCCGGGACGCUGUUGUCAUGGGCGACUCGCCCAGCCAACGGGCCACCAACGACCUGGUUCUAAGACGAGCGCGUCACCAGCAGCUCUCUGGAGAUGGCGAGAAACGGACCACACGUCCCGGCAGCAAGGUCACCAAAUCUGCGUCAGCUACGGCGCUGUCUGUCAUUAUUCCAGCAGUUGAGCAGCAUGCUAGCUCUCCUCUAGCCAGCCCAAUGUCUCCUCGCUCGGUCUCGUCCAACCCGUCGUCGCGAGACUCAUCCCCGAGCCGAGACUACGGCCCUGCAGUUAGCGUACUCCGCUCACCCAUAACCAUCCAGCGCUCGGGCAAGAGGUACGGCUUCACACUGCGCGCCAUCCGCGUCUACAUGGGGGACAGUGACGUCUACAGUGUGCACCACAUGAUCUGGCAAGUUGAAGAAGGCGGUCCGGCUCAGGAAGCAGGGGUGUGCACUGGUGACCUCAUCACCCACGUCAACGGAGAGUCCGUGCAUGGAUUGGUCCAUACGGAAGUGGUGGAGCUCAUCCUCAAGAGUGGUAAUAAGGUGACUGUGACCACCACUCCCUUUGAGAACACGUCGAUCAAAGUGGGUCCUGCACGCAGAUCCAGCUACAAAUCCAAGAUGGCCAGACGCAGCAAAAGAACAGUCAAAGAGGGACAGGAAAGUAAGAAGCGAAGCUCUCUGUUCCGCCAGAUAACCAAACAGUCGAAUCUUCUGCACACUAGCCGUAGUCUGUCGUCUUUAAACCGCUCGCUGUCCUCUAGUGAGAGUCUGCCUGGCUCUCCUACGCACAGUCUGUCCGCCCGGUCACCCACUCAAAGCUACCGCUCCAGUCCUGACUCCUCUUACCUAGGUGCCUCUUCUCAGAGCAGCUCUCCAGCCUCCAGCACACCAAAUUCUCCUGCUGCUUCCCAGCACAUGCGCCCCAGCUCUCUCCACGGCUUGUCCCCUAAACUGCACCGUCAGUACCGCUCAGCCCGUUGCAAAUCCGCUGGCAACAUCCCUCUGUCCCCUCUUGCGCAUACCCCGUCCCCUACUCAGUCUUCCCCACCGUCCUUGUCAGGUCACACUGUUGGAAGUUCCAACAUGACCCAGAGCUUCCCUGUCAAGCUUCACUCAUCUCCUCCUAUUACAAGGCCCAGGCCCAAGAGUGCCGAACCACCCCGGUCUCCACUUCUCAAGCGGGUUCAGUCGGCAGAGAAGCUUGGGUCACCUCUGUCCUCUUCUUCGUCUUCUUCAGACAAGAAAGGCGGAAUCGGGGCAAUGAGGAAGCACAGUCUGGAAGUUGGCCAUUCUGAUUAUCGUAAGGACGGCUUCCACUGUGAGCUAGGUCUCCAAAGCUUGUUGGAAACAGAAGGGGAGAAUCUGGCCUCGACUUCUGCAACGACCCCAUCGCCUACUCAGCCAACAGUUCCGUUACCCCUGGAGACAAGCGUUUUGAAGCCAGUAAGGAAGCUGGGCAGGCAGGAAUCCCCACUGAGUAGAGAUGCUUUGCUUGCUGGAAGAGUGAAGGAAAAGGACAACGGCAGGGCAAAGUCUGGUGAUUUAACCCAGGGAAGUGACAGUAAACUGGCAAUAGUCUUGGAGAAGUCACCCCCUGCCACUGAGGCUCAGCAAGAUAUCAUGAGCAAGAAGGUCCCGGAUACUAAGUCAAGUCACAUAAGAUCUCCAGUUGUCGAUGCGUCUCAGCGAUCACCAUCCACACCAAGAGAUGCUAGCAUAGCCAAACUUGAAGCUAGUCAGCCUGUUGUGACCAAACCUUCGAUUCCAUCCCCUCUGACCACUCUGUCCACCACUGGUACAAAAACCACAGAUCUUACCUUCCCGAGCGUUGGUGUAGGAGGCACAAGUCAAAUUUGUGACACAAAAUCCCCGAGCACGAUUGGCCAAACACAGACACCAGGGACUGCCAAAGCGCACCAGACUUCCAUCAGUGUCGUCAAGGACUUGCAAGGAAAAGAGACUGAAAAGAAAGCAGAAAUGAAAGAAGUGAGACCAGAAACAGGAAUGACUAUCAGUGCUGUCAAGUCUGGUGUACCGUGCGCUGGCCCCGUAAAGGCAACUCCACUCCCUGACAAAGUGUCAGUCCCAGUGACAGCCACAGAAGAAUCCAAAGUUAUCAAAGGGCCAUCAGAUGGAGACACUCUUAAAAAGUCAGGUACAGACCCCCAUGGUAGGACUCCAGAUAUGAGGGCGAGACCUGGCUUACCUCCAUCCAAGGGGGUCGUUCCACCCUUCCCACCCCAGGUCCAGUCUCCUGCUCUGGGCAAGCUACGACAGGACAAGGGUCUUUCUCCGGUCAACUGCUACCGAGGCACCUUGGACUGGGAAGAUAAGUGUCUCUUGGAGGUUGUUGAGGAGCAUUCUCCUUCUCCUACACCGUCCCCUACUGGAGCCACACCAAGCCUGUCCAAAUCACCUCUCCACCCCGUCGUUACUCAAUCCUUGUCCCCUGGUCACAAAAAUGGGUCGACUAGUGUGUCUAAAACUGGGCAAGAACCAGCCAAAGUGUUAAUCCAGGAGGUGGCGAAGAGCAAGGAAGUUGUUAAAUCUGCAGAAGAAGCCAAGUCUAUUGCACAAGGAAAGACUGAGGUUUCAGGUGGGAGUAGCCCAAACUUAAAAGUAGCAACACCGAGCCCUACCGGCACAAUACCACAGAAAAAGAACGAGAGCACGAAGAACGGCUUGUGACGUUUCAGCACAGUCUGCUUUUGCACUUAAUCAAGUCAGGACAUUCCAAGUGGUAAAUAUUAAGAGAAACAAAACUAUUGCGCAAAGGUUCGUCUGAUAACGGUUUUAUUUAUUGUAUAUUAAAAAAAAAGAUAGUAGACGUAUUACAGGUGUGUUUGUGUGUGCGUGUGCGUGUGUGUAUGGAGAAUGAUCGAGUGUUGCUUGAGUGGCAAGGCUAAAAAGAAAGUGCAAAGUGCUUUAACAGAUCAAACAAUGCUGAAAACUGUGAAUGCCAAAUUCAUUGCUUAAGCAAAAAGCAACAAAAAAAAAACGAUUUUUCCUGAGACGUUCAUUAAGCAAACGACAUUGCAAGGAUCUUACUUGGUAUACGUAUGAAAGAGUUAUUUCUCUUGAGUUCGAUUCCUCUAUGUGCGAUUAGCAUGCCGUCCAGUGAUUAUGCAGCUAGCUCAAACUGCCCAUGGCUUCUUUUUAAGCUAUGUAGGUGGAGGGAUAAGUAGGACCAAAAAAAUAAAUAAAUAAUUUAAAAAAAACCUGAGAGAUUUCGCUUUCUGUCAGCCUGUAAACCGGUGGAACAUUUUUUUUUUUUUAAAUGUGGAAAGCCUUAAAUUAAGAUGGUUUUGAAUUAUCCUGCACUGCACGGGUGAGCGUAGCCUUCUUCUUAUCAGGUGCCAACAGGAGGCCUAGCAUAGUUCCCCAGUGACAGCUUCCUCCAUCGCAGCUUAGACGGCGCUGAUAUAAUCGCUGACUUGAGCUACUUUCAAUACCGUUCGUAGGCUUUGUAUCCGCACGGUCAAACAGGUGCCUUUCAGCCGGGCUGGCCGAGACACGUUUACGAGGGCUGUCAGGAUGGAUAAAGAGGAAAGGCAUUAGUGAAAAAGCAAUGCUUUGCACACGCCGGUUAGGAAACGUGGGAUUUAAACGUGUUCAGCAGAGUCGAAAGCGUGGAGGGUCAAACCGGCUGGAGCGAAAUACGCACGAUUUCAGUUCCGUUUUAUAGGCAAGGGCGUUUUGCUGAUGCUGAAAUACGUGAAGUAUUGCAACACAUUUCAACAUAUGGUGGAAAUCAGCUUUUACUGACUGUAUAAACACACAUCUUGGUGUAUGAGUUAACUCUAUUAUCACAUUUAAUCCCUUGAUUUAGGAUGAAUCCGAUUUUAAAACGAGACGUCCCCGAUUUAAAAAAUGAAAGAAAAGAUUGUACUAGGGGUAAAAUAUGCCGAAAUGGUACGAUAUUCAGUGGCUAGAGCUAUGAUGGUCAGAUCUCUGACGAUAAUGUUUGGGGCGUAAAAUACAGAGUACAAUUUAUAAUUCUUCAUGUAUUCUAAGUAUCGCAGUCGAUCUAGCAGUGUUGGAGGUCUGUCUUUGUAUUUUGUGUAGUCUCGGUAAAGAGAGGCCGAAACACCGACAAGUUUAGUUUAUAACAUCAUUUUUGUCAUUAGCUGCGCUGUUUACCACAUUAGUGUGGUGAAUAUUCAUAAAUACUGUAUGCAGCCUUUUUAAAAAAUAAACAAAUCGCUUUAAGUGUCCAAAAUCCCAGAGUAACAGUGUAAGUAGGAAUACGUUGCCAUCUGGUGGCUAAAAAGCACCUUUUAAAAGAUCUGUUUGUAACGUAUAGAGCCCUCUGCUGUCUGGGAGGUGAACUGCAAGCGCAAUGAAAAACGCCAGAGAAGGUUCUCCACCCGGUUGAGUCGACCCUACCUGCUUGUAUCUGUUGUGCUUGUGUACGCGCGUGAGGGAUUUGCCUUUUUUUCCCUUUCUUUCUUUCUUCUUUUUUUUUUUUAUAAAGAAAACUGACAGGACCGAGCAGCUCUCAGCUCUUUAGGGGCGGGGCUAAACAAGACAAAAACAAAAGCCUGAAACAAAGAAACUGGCGACAUGAGCUGCACGUCAACGUUGCAAAUGACGUUUUAUCGACACGUCUCUGAAAUAGCGUGAUCGUUACAGAUCUAGAACCACGUUGAAGAUUUACAAACCGCACCUUUAAGAGUGAUGACGUAGGAGUGUACUAACAGGAUUAGUAGAUAUCGAUCGUGUGCUCGCUCAUCCGAGAGCCCGGUUCCUGAUUGGGGUAUUGAUCGUGAAUUUCUGGUGUCCGGGAGCCUGAUUACUCGACUGAUGUGUUUUAGGAAGACGUGUAUUGAUUUUUAGGGUUGAAGUCCACAAGGCUGUGUGUGUGUGUGAAUCCUGUCAGGUCAGGAGCGCUAAUCACCAGCCCUGCUUUUUCCAUCCUCACAAUCCUGUUCGUCUGGAAUGAAGUUGAUUUGCAGACGGUAAAUCAUAGCUGAGUGACAUCUGUAUGUUGCGUCGUACACUAACAGGUUUUUAAACCUGUUCUCUCAUCACUGUGUGAGCUGUAGCAUGCUAUAAUGAGUCUUUAUUAGUCACAUAUACGUCACAGCACAGGGAAAUUCUUUUCUUCGCAUAUCCCAGCUUGUCAGGAAGUUGGGGUCAGAGUGCAGGGUCAGCCAUGAUGCAGCGCCCCCUGGAGCAGAGAGGGUUAAGGGCCCAAGAGUGGCACCUUGGCAGUGCUGCCACUUGAACCCCCGACCUUCUGAUCAGUAACCCAGAGCCUUAACCGCCAAGCCACCACCGUCCCAUGGGCUGCGUGUAUAGACAGAUUUACCAUCUCCCUUGUUAAACAGUACCACGUUGAAGACCUGCGUCUGGAAUUUGUAACGCAGCUUGGUGAUCGGUAGGAGCCGGAAACUGGUGUUCGUAACUAAAGGACAGCACAGAAGCAGCGAACACUCGUACUUUUUAACGAAGAACACCGGGUCGGGCUCAGGGGUCAAAGCAAAUGUUCCGACGAAAAAUCAAAUGUACGCAGGUUUCCACCUUACCCCAAAUGUUCGGAGUCACGUUUGCUUCUUUCUUUUUACGCUUGAGCUACGAUAAGACGGGGAUAAGAUGUAAUAGAAGUCAGUCUCAUUACGUUUACAUUUACAGCGUAAAGAAGUGUCCAAAAAACAUAUCCUUAUGCUAGUUCAAUAGAUUAGCGUCUACGAAUACUGUCAAGGUAAAAACCCUGAGAGAGGGGGUGGGUGUUGUAGUACAGCUGAGACAACGCCGACGAUCUAGACGUGGGUUUGAGACAGAAAUGUACACCAAGUCGCACUAGAUAAAUAUUUCGAAUGAAACAAGCACACGUCGGACACCAAAACCGUUGGAAGGGGACGAAGCGGUUUUCGUUUUUACUCGGUUUAAACACAACUUUCUGGUGACUAGCGCAGGACCUUGGGGGAUGCUGGACACGCGUAUUAAAGGUCAAUCUUAAGACGUUGUCUGUACGCAAAAGCCUUAAUCAUAUCCACGUUUUUCAAUUUUAAACCUAUUCUCAAGUCCACCGAUGCCUCCUUUCUGAAGAGCGGCGUCAUGUCUUCAAAGCUGUUUAGAAAUGAUUUGCAUAACGCGAACUGAUACUACGCGCUUCGACGGAACAUUAGAAACGUUAGUAUUCCGAGGCAAAGUAUUGGUUAUUUAGUGUAAUAAUAACGCCAGUGAAGGAUUUCAGUUACACGAUGGAAAAACUCAAACUCGUGACGCGUACAUAAAACACGUCUUUUGACUGUUUGACACUUUUAUCAUGUGACUGUUAUAGUAUAUCAAAUCACGAAAUAAAAACUAAAAAAAACAACAAAACAAAAACAUUUUGUAAUGUUUUCCGUUCCACUUUAUAGCCUAGUUUCUUAUUCCUGAUGUCAAUUGAUGAAUUUGAUGAAUCAAGUCCUGGCUCGUUCCAAGUAAAUAACGGCGUUCCCUCCUGACUCCUGAAACAUAAUCGGUUCCUGUGCAUUGUUUGCGAUCUCUCUGUGGAUUUGUUUGUUUGUUUGUUUGUUUGUUUGUGUACUUCUUUUUACAAUUCUGUGAUCUACUGCGAAUGCACUUUAUUUUACGUCGGAAUGGAUCUUCUUUUACAUGGACGUAUAAUAUGUACUGUAUUCAUUUACCACGUAGAGAAAUGUACACCGAAAUGCAGAUAUUCUGUUUAACGUGAAUGUUUUAGAGAGGAAAAUAAAGGAACAGUCAUUGAUUAUGGACCAAUUAUUUACUUGCGCUGUCGGUAUCUCACUCUCACUGUUCUUUCUUUCUUUCUUUAUAUUUAUUUACAGCGCUUUUGAUUAUCAGUCGAUGCAGACGUGCCGCCUGUUUGUGUGACCAAAUGAAUAAACUGAUCUUGAUUAGAAGGUUUAAAAAAAAUGUUUUUUUUAUGACUUUAGCGUAACACCAUGAAUCUACUAAAAACGUGUACUACUGAUUUGUUUGUCCGAUUAUUCAGCGCUCAAGUGGAACUCAUUCUCAGUUCCUCUGGAAAUGAGGAACAACAAACAGGAAGUCGUCUCUACUGUACUGUAUGUACUGGUUUCCAAACCGUGUUUAUGACCUUGUAUGUCAGGAAGUUUCCAGAAAACCCAGCUGGGAAGCUGUAUUCCUGGCUCGUGCCCAGCGUUCCUGGGAUCGGCUCCGGAUCCACCGUGACCCUGAGCAGGAUUAAGCGGUUACUGGAGAAGAAUGAAUGAAUAAAGAUCCAGUAAAAAAAAAACGUUUAUUUUAUUUCUCCAAGCCAAACAAAUCAUUAAAAAAAUUCCGUUAACGGGAGACGCAAUGAGAUUUCCUUUCAGUUACUGAGGUUAAGAUUGCUAGGGUCAGGCGUUAGACUUUACGUUUACGGUAUUUGGCAGACGCCCUUAUCCAGAGCGACUUAUCUCAUUUAGACAACUGAGCAGUUUAAUUAAGGGCCUUGCUCAAGGGCCCUUAAUUAAACUCACAAUCUUCUGAUCAGUAGUCCAACAUCUUCUCUACUGAGCCACCACUGCCAGGGUUGGCAGAAUUGGGCUAGUUAGGAUUGGGAAAUGUUUGGGUUAGACAUGUCCUGGAGAACCCCCUGUCUGCACGUUUUAACAAACAUUUCAACACGGACAUAUGCAGAACCUCAGAUUCUCAGGAACCAGGACUGGGAGUCUUUGGUUUGGGGUUUGAUAGGGGUUAAUGUUGGGUUAUGGGUAGGUUUGGGGUUAGGUGUCGUCGUAGGCAUUAUGUAUUUAGCUACUGUAAUACAGAAAUUGACUGUGACGCGGUGAGUAGCGUUGCCGCCUCACGGCUCCUCGCAGGAUGACCGGUAGGAUCCUGAGCUCAGGUUACUGUCUGUGUGGAGUUUCACAUGUUCUCAGUGUCAUGUCCGUGUUGGUUUCCUCACGAUCUCCAGUUA